GUGGCUGCCAGGAUGGGAGCUGAGGCCCUGCUGCGGUGGCGGCUGCCCCCGCUGCCGCCGCUGCUGCUGCUGCUGCUGCUGCUCACAGGGCUGGUGCACCGAGCCCCAGAGGCCCAGGCCCAGGCCCAGGUCUGCUCGGUGAACCCAAAGACCUUCGAGAUCAAGGAGAACACCAUCCUCACGGCGCCCGUGGCCAACAUCUCUUUGCCCUCGGACCAACGGGUGACCCUCGGGGCCUCGUCCACACCCUCAGCCUUUGAGAUUCGGAACAAGCAGCUCUUCCUCACGUUGAUUCCGGACUAUGAGAGAGAAACCGUUUUGCAGGCGAGCCUGGAGUGCUGGAGGGGCAGCCUGAUGGUGACGCAGCUGAUAAUGCUGGUGCUAGUGGAGGACGUCAACGACAACGCCCCCGACUUCCCCUUCGUCUCCAAAACUGUAGAUGUGAUGGAGGACACCAAGGUUAACUCCGUGGUCAUCCCAGAGACGGAGCUGAAGGCCAGUGACAAGGACAAAGAUGACCGCCUAUUCUACACCCUCCAGGAAGUCGCCCCAGGGAACUCCGGCUCCUUCUCGCUCUCUGGCGUCAAUAACCCCGCCCUGAGGCUGGUCAAGAGGCUGGACUUCGACACCUGUCAAAACAUGACCUUCCAGCUGACCGUCAGGGACACGGAGGUAGAGAACACAAGCCCCUCCCACACGGCCACAGCCACCCUCACAGUGAAGGUCCUGCCAACUGACCUACGUCCCCCCUGGUUCCUGCCCUGUGAAUACUCAGACCCUUACGUCUGUGUGGAAGCCCAGUACCAAGGGGGUGUCCCCACAGGCCACCAACUGCUGGACCCCCUCACCCUGCGACCAGGGCCCAUCUACGCCGUGGACGGGGACCGAGGCAUCGGCCAACCCAUUGUCUACAGCCUCCUGAGGGGAAACCAGGACAGCACAUUCUUCAUCAACCAGACCUCGGGCAAUCUCACCAUGACCAAGGCUGUCCCCAGCCCCAGGACCUUCCAGUUGUUUGUCAAGGCCAUCAACUCAGCCAUCACUUAUCGAAUCACCAAUGACACCAAGUUCUGGAUGGAUGGGGAGACAGUGCGGACCCUAGUCCCACUGACCAGCGAGGGGGUUAUGUACGCACAGGUUGAGGCCACAAACACGGUGACCAUGGCCACGGCCACGGCCGUCCUGCAGAUCCGCGUUCAGGACCAGGCGCUGCCCCCCACAGAACCUGGAAGCACGCCCGGAACCUGGAGCAACGCCACCACAGAAGGCACCAGGCCCCCCGGACCCUCUCAGGGACCCUCCACGACCCACUCUGGGGGGCCCACUGGCCCACAGCCACCCUCGGGAACCCCUCUGGGGUCCUCUGCCUCACCCACACCCGGGGUACCCCCCAGUGUGGGAACCACCACAUCCCUCCCCACAGCCACACCCAGCAGCGGGGGUUCUACACAGACCACGGUGCGAGGAACAGCUGGCCCCCCUGGGCCCAUCAGCCCCCCUGGACCCUCUCAGGGACCCUCCACGACGCACUCUGGGGGAGGCAUUGGCCCACAACCGCCCUCAGGUACCACUCUGAGACCCUCUGCCGUGCCCACAUCCGGAGGGUCCCCCAAUGUGGGAACCAGCGCCUCCCCCACACCAGCCAUGCCCGGCAGCAGCUCAUCCACAACCUCACCACAGACCCCCCGGGAGCCCAGCACAACUCCAGGGGCGUCAGGGACCCCUGGCAGCGGGGGAGGCAGCACGGAGGAAGGUGGCGUCCCGGGAAGUGGCCAAGCUGGGGACCGGCGCUUCUCCACGGCAGAGAUGGCAGCUCUGGGUGGGGUGCUGGGCGCCCUCCUGCUGCUGGCCCUGCUGGCCCUGGCCAUCCUUGUCCACAAGCACCACUGUUCCCACCUCCAGUGCUGCGCCGGCAAAGCUCUGGAGACCUCCUCGCUGGGCGGCCACGACAACCAGGCCUUUGGAAGCGACCAGGACAUGGCAUACACCAACUGGGAGCCUGCGCACAGCCCCAAGGCUGAGCGCGACUCCGAGCCCGAGCCCGAGCCCAAGCCCGAGUCAGACCCCGAGCCGGAGUCGGACCCCGAGGCCGAGUCGGACCCCGAGGCUGAGCGCAUCUCAGCCAAAGGCCUGCCCCCUGCCCUGCAGCCUCCCGCGCCCCGCGGCCCCGCCGAGGACAGCCCCGCGGCCGUGAGGUCCAUCCUGACCAAGGAGAGGCGGCCUGAGGGAGGCUACAAGGCCGUGUGGUUCGGCGAGGACAUCGGCGCGGAGACGGACGUGGUGGUCGUCAACGUGCCCAGCCCGGACGACGCCGGCGACUCAGACAGCGACUGGAGCGAAGACCGGGAUGCCGACCCCGGCCUGGCCGCGGAGUCCAAUGACAACACCACCUAUGUCUAGUGCCAGCCCACCCUCAGCGGCCGGGCAGGGCGGGGGUCAGGCCCCGCCCAUGCAGAAUAAAGUGGCAUA